AUGACGAGUCCACGACUUCUGCAUCCAGAUGACGCUGAUGAUUCGGAUUCUUCUUCAGAUGGCACAUGCCUACCGGUAAAGGUAUUGCCACGACGAUCGGCUACUGUUUCACCGAGAAUGAGAGGCGUUCUCAGAGAGUCACGCCUUGAUACCGGAGAGCGAAAAAGACGAAGAAGUAUGGUCAAAAACAGCAGGGACUCCAGCAUAGUAAGGCGACGUCUACGAAAGACCAGCAGUGAACCCAAUGUGGAAGGAGUUGGAAUGACAGACAUGAAGACAUGUAAGCGAGGUUGGUUAGCGUAG